GUAGUUGGAAGAAGAAGAUUAGAUAAUUUUGUUUUUUUUAUCUCACAUUUCCUGAAAUUAGAGGGAAUAUAAAUAAAUGAGGCCACGUAGAGAUUUCCAUUCCAAACUCCCUACUAAUCACUUCGACUACGACGGAGACCGCAAAAGUUUCAGAAAUCCGGUACGCAGUUUCUUCUGGUUGGUUCUCAGGUUCGCCAUGGCGGGGCAGUCGCGGAAGUGGAUGAUUCUGGUUGCCACCAUAUGGAUUCAGGCCUUCACCGGCACGAACUUUGAUUUCUCCGCGUAUUCCUCGGAGCUGAAAUCGGUCCUGGGGAUUUCUCAGGUAGAGUUGAAUUACCUGGCUGUCGCUUCCGAUAUGGGGAAGCUGUUUGGUUGGUCCUCCGGCUUCGCCUUGAUGUAUUUUCCUUUGUCAGCCGUGCUCUUCAUCGCGGCUUUCAUGGGUUUCGUCGGUUAUGGUGUUCAGUUCCUCGUGAUAACCGGCGUCAUCUCGCUGCCUUAUAUUCUGGUUUUCUUUCUCUGUUUGUUGGCUGGAUGUAGCAUCUGUUGGUUUAACACGGUAUGUUUUGUUCUUUGCAUAAGAAAUUUCCCAGUCAAUCGAGCCCUCGCUUUAUCCCUAACUGUAAGCUUCAAUGGUGUAAGUGCAGCACUUUAUACCCUUGCUGCUGAUGCAAUCAAUUCAUCAUCUAUGGCAUUAUAUCUACUUCUAAAUGCCCUCCUUCCCCUUCUUGUUUCACUUGCAGCAUUAAUCCCCAUCCUUCGCCAACCAUCUUUAGAACCUCAAACCAUUGAUGUAGUUCGCAGUGACUCCAUAAUGUUUCUCCUAUUGAAUGUCUUGGCUGUUUUCACUGGUGUUUAUCUUCUUGUUUUUGGUUCAAACACAUAUAGCUCAACAAUCUCUCGUCUCCUUUUUGCUGGAGCCAUUUUCCUUCUUGUCUUCCCGUUAUGUAUCCCUGGUGUUGUCUAUGCUCGAAAAUGGUUUCACUAUACCGUUCAUUCUAGCUUUCGCCUUGAGAACUCCAGCUUCCUUCUUGUUGAUGAUGAUGAUCUUGAGCUUCACAAACAAUUAGUAAGCCGUGAGGCUACCUAUGAAGAAAACAACUUAUUAAGCAAAGGAUUUGCAUAUGAAAUGACCCGGAAUAUAUGCGGUGGAUGCUGUAAUUGGUGUUGUGAUAAAAUGAUUGGGAAAGAUCAACUGGUGAUUCUAGGUGAAGAGCAUCCAGCAAGGUUGCUUGUACGUAGGUUGGAUUUCUGGCUAUACUACCUUGCAUACUUUUGUGGGGGUACGAUUGGCCUUGUAUAUAGUAACAAUCUAGGACAGAUUGCACAGUCUCGGGGAGAAAGCUCAAAUACAACUACCCUUGUUACCCUUUAUUCAUCCUUCUCCUUCUUUGGUCGCUUGCUUUCAGCAGCACCAGACUACAUCCGCACGAAGUUGUACUUUGCUCGAACAGGGUGGCUGACAGUUGCCCUAUUACCAACUCCAAUUGCUUUUUUCUUACUUGCAGCAUCAGGGAGUUCAGUGGCCUUGCACGUAGGCACUGCUUUAAUAGGCUGGAGCUCAGGAUUCAUCUUUGCAGCAGCCGUUUCCAUCACGUCCGACCUUUUUGGACCAAACAGCGUAGGUGUAAAUCACAACAUUCUCAUCACCAACAUACCAAUAGGAUCACUCGUUUAUGGCCUCCUCGCUGCACUAGUUUAUGAUGCCAAUAUAGGAUCAGGCCUAAUGGGAGGAGAUACAGAGUCGGCAGUCUGCAUGGGGAGGCGGUGCUAUUUCUUGACAUUUCUGGUGUGGGGAUGCUUAUCUGUAGUGGGACUGAUUUCCAGUCUGUUGUUGUUCCUAAGAACCAAGCAUGCUUAUGAUGCUUUUGAACGAAAUCGUGAAUUAGCAGAAGCAUCCCAAGUAACAUUUACAGAAUGAGUAGAGAAAUGGAAGAUACGGAGUAAUAUUCUUCUGUCGAAUGGUCAGGAACAAGUGAUGGGUUAUUGAGGUUCAGUGGGAGGAAUUAGUCUUUUGAUAUAAUGUCAAUUGGCCCAAGACUCCUCAAUGGCCUAAUAGUUAAAUUUUGUACUUGAACUCUUUACCCAAAUUUCUUUUAUAUAUAUAUAUAUAUAAAGCUUUUAUUUAUUU